GUAAAGAGUAAUAUAUAUUCAAUACUAUUAACGAAACAGAAUUUAUUGCCUAUCCUUGAAAUUCUAGCUAACCAUCGUUCUUCACUGUUCAUUUACGUACAUUUUAUAUACACCUACAACACGGAUACGUAAGUGUAUGUGGACAGCCUAUCAUUUACUGCAAGAACUGGAGGUUGUAUUUCUGUUUCCUUGCAUUGGAAUAAUAGACAGCUUGUCAUUGGCUACGACACAUAUUACAUACUACACAACGAACUUGGUAGAACUACUUAAUACUUUCACACAUCAAACUGCUCGGAACUCCAGCUGCAACAGUAACAACUGCUUAAACAACAGACAACUGUUGAUUGGCAAAUCCUAUACUAAUGAAGAUGUUAUCAGUGAUACUGUUGGUGUUGUUAAUGACUGAAAGCUGCUGGUGUGCGUAUCAUAUCUACCGCAUGAAAGAGAACAAUGAUAUAAACAAUUAUAUUGGAGAUAUUGUCACUGAUAUGCACUUACUGGAUGAUAUACAGACUCAAGAUGAUAGAAGCAAACUGACAUUUAAAAUACUCCAGGGUAGUACUGAUGGAAGUGUUCAGUUGUUUAAUGUUACACCUGGAGGACAACUGUACACAGCUGCCAUAUUGGAUGCAGAAACAUUGUGCCAAUACAAUGUGGAAUGCUUCAGGAUUUUGGAAGUAGCAGUUCAACAUGGCCAUUCUGUUAUCAAGAUAUUAGAAGUCAAAGUUAUAAUAGAAGAUGUCAAUGAUAAUUCUCCUAUAUUUCCAAAUAAGGAAUUUCAAGUGUCAUUUGAUGAAAGUGUGACCAAAGGAAUCAAAGAAAUCAUUCCAAAUGCGAUUGAUAACGAUAUUAGCUCUCGGAAUUCUAAACUCAAUUAUCAACUGAAGGAAAAUGAAAAUGUUCCUUUUCAAUUGGUUGUUUCUAAGUCACGUGGAACUGAUUUAUUGCAACUAAUUUUAGAAGGUUCCUUAGACCGUGAGACAAAAGAUAUGUACAAUAUUCAGUUAAUUGCCAAAGAUCAAGGAACACCACCAAAGGAAGGUGUAUUGGAUAUAAAAAUAUUAGUGGGAGAUAAAAAUGAUAAUUUUCCUGUUUUCUCCCAGAAUAUUUACAAUGUCACUAUAAAUGAUACAUACCAGAGAAGCAAGCCUCUUGUUAAGGUCUCUGCAUCAGACUUAGAUAAAGGGGAAAAUGGAAGAAUUUCUUAUGUCUUUAAUAAUGUUAAAACACCUAAAAGGAUAAAAGAAAGCUUUAAAUUAGAGGAGGCAACAGGGGAGCUAUUUUUGAAGAAAGAAUUUAAUUUUGGUGAGAUUUACGAGAUAUUUAUUGAUGCCAGAGAUAAUGGUAAACCACCUAUGUCAUCAACAGUCACAGUUUUUAUAAAUGGUGUCAGUCAUCUUAACAAUCCUCCCAAAAUUGAUGUUAAAUUUGUUAUAAAGUCAACUGGAAACACAGCUGUCAUCUCAGAAGGAACUCAAAAUCAAAGUUUUGUUGCUUAUGUCAAAGUUACCGACAAUGACAGUGGAGAAAAUGGACAAGUGAAAUGUCAUUUACAAAAUAGAUAUCUUCAGCUAAUCUCAGAGUCUGAAAAGAAAUACAAAAUUAUUGUCAAGAGUGAAAUAGAUAGAGAGAGUGAGAAGAGCUUUAAUUUCACCAUUAAAUGUCAAGAUAAUGGUUUACCUCCAUUGAAAGUAGAGAAACAGUUUUCUAUGCUGGUCACUGACAUAAAUGAUGUACAACCUCAGUUUAGUCAGGACAUAUUUAAGUUUCUCACCUAUGAAAAUGAACACAAAGACUUCCCUGUUGGAUAUGUCAAUGCCACAGACCCAGAUAUUGGAGAUGGAGGACAAUUAACCUAUUCUCUAUUAUCUAAUGGAAAAGAUAUUCUACCAUUUCAGAUAUCUGAUGUGGGAUUCAUUUCCACAACUGAGUCCCUAGACAGAGAAGAAAAGAACCUGUAUGAGUUUAAGGUUUUAGUAAAAGAUAAAGGAACACCAUCACUGGAGAAGAGAGCAAAUGUUGUUGUUGAGGUUAUGGAUUUAAAUGAUAAUGCUCCCUAUUUCAGUUUCCCUAAUGUUGACCCUUUCAGUCUUAAUGUCCACUACCAUCCCCACUCUGACCAGGAUAUCACAGUUGUUAGGGCCUCUGACAGAGACAGCCAACACAAUGCCUUCCUCACAUAUGAAAUACUCAGAGGUAAUGAGAAACACUUAUUUCAAAUGAACCAUCACUCUGGUGUCUUAUCUUUCUCUCGCUCACUUUACCAAAAUGAUGCUGGAUUCUAUGAACUGGAAUUAGGUGUGAAAGACAGUGGCAGUCCAGUUCUGUCAUCGACAACAACUUUGUCUUUGACUCUCACAGUUAGUAAGAACACAUCAAAGAUAUUUAAGACCCCUUCAAAGACAACAACAGAAUCAAGUAAUGGUCUCCAAUUGAAUGUGAUGAUUGUUAUUGUUGUAGCAGCUGUGAUCGUAUCAGUUGUCAUAGUGAUCUCUAUAUCAAUCUGUAUAGUUCAUAGGUUGAAGCAGACAAAUAGAAACUAUAAUAGUAGUGUUGAUAUGUACCAUGGUGUUAUACCAGCAUUAAAUAUGCAAUCAAGAUAUAUGUUUUAUCCUGCUUGUGUUCCUCCUGGAGUUCAGUACACAUUGGAGAGAAAUGUGAAGAAAUCUCAACAACCAAUGGUAGACAGAGAAAAUAUUCACUGCUGGACUAUGACAAAUGAUAGACGGGUUGAACCAGCUUCAGUAAAACAUCAUCAGGUAUUUCUCCCAAGAGAAGAAAGUUCAUCUCCUGGUUACCAAGAGCUAAACAGACCUAACGAAUUCAAUGAGAUAUCAGCAAUGUCCACUCAUACUGAUAGUGGGCAUGACUGGGUUGUUGGUAGUGCUGAUCACUAUGAGGAACUGCCAGGUCUGUACUGUUAUCAAAGUGACCAUACGUGGAACAGGAGAAAUCCACUUCCAUGCACGCCCAGUGGUUCAAAGAGAGAUAAUAAUGGAUAUCAACCUAAUGGUGACAAUAUCACUGAUAACCAAAUACCUUUGACUAUAUUUGAUAAUACAUCUAAGAUCACUGAACAACCAUCUACUGUACCAAUGACAAGUCACUUUACUUCGAACAGUAAACCAGCACUACCAGCUGUACCUAAAGCAACAGCACUACCAAAAGUACCUUCAAUACCUCAGGUACCUUCAGUUUCCAUAGUAAAAAAUAUGCACAGUAACUCUACGGAAACACUGUAUUAAUAUAAGCAUCUUAUAAGUUGUCUUCACAACUUACAUAAUGAAAAUAAUACAAAAAUCAAUAGAAUAUUCCUCUAAACAUAUUUUAUAAUACAAGGAUUCUUUUUAUUUGGAUUGACAUGUUAGUGGUCAAUAUAUAUCACAUACAACUACAUAAUUCACUUAUUUUGGUAAUCUCCUUCCCAUACUCUUGAAAUACACUGAUAUAUUUCACCUAGUAUACUUUU